UUAUAACUUUCAGGACUUCCCUAUUACUUACCCGAGUAUUAUACAUACAGUGGAUGAUCUGAAACAGGAUUCCGUGAUCAAUAAGUCUAUUUUCAUGGACAUCCAGCAACAGGCAGCAGCUGCGGGACUCAUUAUGCCGCACCAUCAGGCAAACAGUUCCAUCAGUAGGUCUUAUUCACCUCAUGAGGCAUUUGGUGGACAACAGCGAUCAUUAGGUGCUUACUCUUUUGCUGCUAUGAAUAACUCACAGAUUCAUAACACAUACUCUCAUCAUACCGGACACCCAUAUCUCAGCACUUAUCCAACAAAUCUAACUACAUGUCCAUCACCUCCAAGAGACGUAGGGAAAGUCGAUCCCAACAAUGAGGCCUCAAAUACAUUGAAAACUACAAACGGCUCGACCGGUAGCUUACUUGGCAAUAGCAGUGCACACCAUCAACUUCAACAUCUUCUUCAACAACAACUUCAUUCACAUCAUAACUCAAAAAAUAACAUUCAGUUUUUGGGAGAGAACGGACAUAAUAGCACUUCCAAUCAUAUAACGAGCACACCAUCUGAAAACUCAUCAGCACUGGUAGUAAGUGUCUCGCAGUCUAAUAACAAUACCAAUGAUGGCAAUUCCCAUCAUCAGACCAUAAGUAACCAUUCAAGUCAAGACAAACCUAGCAAACAGAAGAGACAUCGGACCCGAUUCACACCGGCACAGCUACAGGAGCUCGAGAGAAGUUUUGGUAAAACUCAUUAUCCAGACAUCUUCAUGAGGGAAGAGCUAGCCAUGAGAAUCGGUCUGACGGAGUCUCGCGUUCAGGUUUGGUUUCAAAAUAGGAGAGCCAAAUGGAAGAAACGAAAGAAGACAACGAAUGUAUUCCGAAGUCCGGGAGCUUUACUUCCAUCUCAUCCUUUGCCACCAUUUGGUUCAUCAACUGAUAGUUUGUAUUCAACCGGACCAACACAUGAUAGUCGGUGGCCAAUGGGUACGGGUAUGAAUCAGAUGUCAAUUCAUAGUCUUCCUAUCGGCUUUAGUCUUACCCGACAACCGACUACUUUUGGCGACAAUUUUAAUUAA